CUAAGCAGUGUCGCGAUCAGUUCUACUCGAGAUGUUGCGACUAGCGGUGAUCGCGGCGUUGAUCGCGACGACCUUACAGCAGAACAGUGAGUACAAGUUCAAGUGUGGCGUUCGGCAGUUCAACCUAACUGGGUUGGCCACAAGCCACGACUGGAGCGCGGCCGGCGAUUGGCCGUGGCACGUGGCCGUUUUCGUCCAGCCGGAAGAGGUCGAAGGUCACGUGUGCAGCGGUGUGUUGAUCAGUCUGAAGUUUGCGCUGACGACCGAUGGUUGUGUGACUAAUCGCGAUGGAGUGCAGAGCUGGGCUAAACAUACGACGCUUCAGUUGGGAAGGGACACGAUCGGCGAGCAAUCUCAGCGGUACCAGGUGUUUAGCAUCGAGCGGUUUGGCGAGCUAGCACUAUUGGAGUUCAACGAUCUGGAUUUUUUUACCUCGUAUAUUCAACCGAUCUGUAUCAAUCAGGUCGCGAGUGGAAAGGGGAAGUUUGGAACUGUGGUUGGUUGGGACAAGGAGGAUCGACUGACAGGGAUCAAGCUUAAGCUCGUUGGCAAUGAUCAAUGCAAUGAAAAAUCCGACUCUGACGUGCUAUGUCUCAAAAAUGAUCCUAAUAUUUGUGAUGAUGGUGAAAUAGUCUACCUUCGACGGGGAAAUUCCUGGUUCAUGGUUUCGGGUGGUUUCAUGUCCAACUUCUGCGGUACAAAUGUUUUAUUCAAUGGUCUGCUCAAAUACGUAUCAUGGAUCCGAAGGAUCACCAAACUUCACUAUCUAGAAGAAUCCGACGAAAACUGCCAACCGAUCGACGUAGAACCAGAGCCCUUCUACUACCUUUUGAGCCACUUCCCCUCGAGCUGCGGUAAGUACACUGUCAAUAAGAUCGCCGGAGGACACGCCGCAAGCGUGUUCGAGUUCCCCUGGAUGGCGAUCGUACUGUACCGGGAGGACGGUUCCGACAAGCUGUCCCAACUUUGCAUGGGAUCGCUUAUCAACCAGCGCUACGUAAUGACCACUGCGCAGUGCGCCAACGGAGAUCCAUUCAAGCCCUAUCGCGUAAGACUCGGUGAGCACACGAUCGACCAGGAAGAGGACUGCAACGCCAACGACGAGGAAGACUGCGCCCCACCAGUACUAGACGUUGACGUGGAGUGCAGUCUCGGCCAUCAAGGGUACGAUCACGGCACGAAGCUUAACAACAUCGGGUUGGUUCGGCUAGCCAGAGUGGUUCAGUUCCAGGAUCACAUCCAACCGGUUUGCCUACCGGGCACGUACGACCUGGCGAGAACUCAACUUCCGAACUACAUCGUCAGCGGUUGGGGUCGUAACGAGACUCGGCAUCGGAUGAAAAGCCUGAGGAAGGCGAUCGUAUCCUCAGUUGAUGAGGCAAAGUGUCGAACUCAGUACGCACAGUUUGGGCUGACGCUGGCGGAGGAUCAGUUUUGCGCUGAGGCCGGGGCUGGUUCCAGCGGAAGUAGCUGCCACGGAGAUGUGGGAGCACCGCUGGGAUACACGGCCGGGUACUAUGGCACGCAACAGUUUGUCCAGUUUGGGAUCGCGGCGUUCGGGACGUUCGGUUGCAGGGAGGCACCGUCGGUUUACACCAACGUGUCCGUGCACGUCGGGUGGAUCAUUGGGAAUGUUAGACCGUAGAAAUUAGCUCGCUUAAAUAAAUGACAUUUUUUUUUAAU